AUGCCGUGCAACUUCAUAUCGAGUUGCUUUUUUUUAGAGUCCGCCUGGAGUCGAGAUCCUGAUUGCGCUCCCAACAACGCGUCCGACCCCUGGGGACCGAACCAACACAAUCACCCUCAAGAGCAAGAGCUAGCCAUUCUUGAGCCUCCCAUCCCCGGUCAAGCCAUGGCAGGAGGUGGUGUGAGUGUCUCCUCCAAUGGUGGGAACAAUGCGACCAGUAACGGUGGGGGUGUGACCAUCCCCGAGAAAUCCGCUCACAAGACUCUUAAGACAUUCCGAGCGUACUUGCCCUCCUGUCAUCGGACGUAUUCGUGUGUACAUUGCCGGGCCCAUUUGGCCAACCACGACGAGCUCAUCUCAAAAUCCUUCCAGGGCAGCCAAGGGCGGGCCUAUCUAUUCAACUCUGUUGUGAAUAUCGGAUGCGGCCCGGCCGAGGAACGGAUCCUGUUGACGGGUCUUCAUGCUGUGGCCGAUAUUUACUGUGAUUGUUGCAAGACCACGUUGGGAUGGAAAUACGAGCAGGCAUUCGAGUCCAGUCAGAAAUACAAGGAGGGAAAGUACAUCAUCGAACUUGCCCACAUGAUCAAAGAGAAUGGUUGGGAGAAUGAGAGUUGA